UUCAUCCUUGCAAAAUAAUGAUAAUAAUAAUAAAUAAAUAAGAAAAAAAAAUUGAUUUCAAAGUGAUUGCUUCCUUGAUAACCACCGGGGGAGAACGGUCGCCGUUUUAUCUUCCAUUCCAAUUCCACCGCUGAGGGAGAGAGAGAGGGUGAAGAAGAGUGGAAGAUCGAACGCUACUUCGUAGUUCUCGGAAGGUCGCCAUUGCCGCCAUUGAUAACAGACCUCCAUCCUCUCCCUUCUUAUGCAGAGCAAGAGCCUUUCUCCGGACUCCAGAGAUUUCGACUUCGAUGAUUACAUCGGAAUAGAGAGCUGUGUUGAUUUGAUGGAGAAUCACACGUCGUCGGACAUCUCCGGGGAGAAUUGUAGGAGAGAUAACAAAAUGUGGGGAAUGGAGAGGAAAGAUCACAACGAAUAUCCACCGCCGAUUCAAUUGCUGGUUCGAACUGAGAAUCUGGCUUCCCAAAUGCCAUGGGUGUUGAAACGACACUACACCGACGACGGACGGCUGAUUCUGACGGAGGAGAGAUUGAGAUACUACGAAUUCUUCCGUGCCCACAGAUCCAACGGCCGUCUGAUGCUGCAGCUGGUGGCCUUCGACGACCAGGGCUACGAUGAGUCGAACGUGGAAAUAGGGGGUGAGGACGGCGGUGAUGGAGAGGAAUGUGCGGCGGCGGCGGAGGGCAGAGAUGCAGAGAUGCAGAGUCGUCUGUGUUCGGGGUGUCAGUGCCCGCAGGGAGCUUUGAGGACUGUACGAAGCUUAGGGAAAGACGUCAGUAACAGCAACAGCAACAGCUUAUAGCGUGGAAUCGCAUUGUAUGUGUGCACGUGUCAUUUAAUUUUUAGAUGAUAUUAUAUGAUUAUGAAAAAAUUAAUUAGACUAAUAUUCAAAUAUUUGACCUUCCACCCUUCCUUGGUAGAAGUAAUUCUUUUUUGUAAGGAACCCU